UGGCAAAGGGAGGGACUUUCACCUGGACUAAACCAUUUCGAAACUAGUUUGAAGGCACAUUCUCUACUACCUGUGCCUCCUUUUCCUUUCACUAUCUUGCCUUUCCCUCCGACCGCACAAACUUUCGAACAAGCGCCGGCUCAGUAACUACUGGUAAGGUUGUUGUGGGCGCCCCUCCCCGGGAGUUGGUACGUGCCGCUGUACCUGAGGGGAGUUCGGAGUAACGCUGAGCGGAGGGAGAACAUGUCAGGGACCGGGAUUCCCGCCCUUAUCGGUUGCUUGUUCCUACUUUCAGGAUCGGCCUAUGGAAUACAAGUUACUGUGCAAAACCCCUUCAACGUGGUCAUUUUAUUCCAGCGGAUCACCUUAAAGUGCACUUACGAAACCUCCUCCACGCAGCCGCCCAUCGUCGUCUGGAAAUACAAGACGUUCUGCCGAGAUCGCCUGACUGACGCGCUCAACCCAACGAGCCAAGAUUCCCAGAUCAAUAGCCAACUGCAGCAGAAUAAUCCCGGCUUCAACCCGUAUGUGGAGUGUCAGGACAGUUCCAGGACGGUGAGGAUUGUGGCCACCAAGCAAGGGAACACCGUCACUCUGGGGGACUUCUACCAAGGACGCAGAAUCACAAUAAGCAACACUGCAGACCUGAGCAUUGAUCAGACCGCAUGGGGUGACAGCGGAGUCUAUUACUGCUCUGUUAUUUCCAAUCAGGAUCUCACAGGGAACAACGAGGCCUACUCUGAGCUUUUGGUACUGGACUGGCUCUUCGUCGUUCUUGUGGUCCUUGGCGGGUUCCUUGUUUUUCUGCUCAUUGGAGUUUGCUGGUGCCAGUGCUGCCCACACACCUGCUGUUGUUACGUGCGCUGCCCGUGUUGCCCAGAGAAAUGCUGUUGCCCGCGAGCAUUGUAUGAAGCAGGAAAGGCGGCUACUGCCGGAGUCCCCAGUAUCUAUGCUCCCAGUGCCUAUGCCCCAUCAAUGUACUCUCAUCCGACCCAAGUGAAAAUGCCCCCGCCGGGCUCUGUGAUUCAGAUGGGACCAGUGCCUCCCAUGUACAAUGGAUAUGGAAUGGAUUAUGAUGCAGCAAGUUCAGUGGGCGGACACAGCUCCCAGGCACCUCUCAUUCGGGACAACGACGGCGUAACCUCUGUUCGUAGUGGCUACCGGAUCCAAGCCAACCAGCAGGAAGAUUCCAUGAGAGUUCUUUAUUACAUGGAGAAAGAAUUGGCAAAUUUUGAUCCAGCAAGACCGGGAGAACCAAAUAACAGAUUUGAGAAAGGUACAGCAAUGAGUGAGAUCAGCUCUUUGCAUGAGGACGAUCGCAGGAACAACUUGAGAAAUGAUCUGGGUCGCUUACGGAACCAGCCUAUGGCGCCGAUCCGGGAUAUUGAAGAGGAAAGCCUGCUUGGAAGUGAAUACAGGCACCCCCCAUCCUCACGACAAGACCCAUAUGAAGAUCGGUUCCGUGGGGGGCCACCUUUAGAGAGACGCGGCCGUGCUCACUCCAUGGAUGACCUGGAUGAUUACGACCGAAGAGACCGCAAUCGUGAGCAGCCUCCUGACAGCCGCAAUCGGGGAAGGCGCAACUCUGACGAUGACCAUAGCAGUCGCGGCUACAGCAGAAGCCAUCAGAGUCGCUCCCCUGACCCCCGUGAUGACUACGGAGGAGGAAAGAGGAGCCGAAGUAGAGACGAUCUGCGUGAAUUAGGCCGACAGCAUCAGAAUCAAGAGUACGACGACCGCUUUCUGGAGGAUGUUCUGAGAAAGAAACAGCAGAGGGCAGGAAGUAGGGAUGGACUGGACAACCUUGGAAAGAAGGGGCGCUCUGAUGGGAGAAGGAAUUGUAAUGAUGACGACGAUUUUCCUCCUCCACCUCCUCCGUACACUGAAACAGAGUCUGUCUCUUCUAGAGGGAAGAAAAUGAAAAGGGGUGAAGCUUUAAGCCGUGAGAGUUUGGUUGUUUAAAUACUCGGGGGAACAGACCCAACCAAAGAAAAAUACCUAAAUUGUGAUCAUUUGUCUUUUUUUAAUGUGUAUGUACCACACACAGACUUUAUAUUCCCUUUUUAUACGAGUGCCAUGUACAUUUUUACUAUUUGCAGCCGGCGAGCAACAUUCUCAUGUUCUAAUGAAUUGUACAAUCCAUUUAGGCUGAACCUUCAGGUAAAGCUUUUUGUUUGUACACAAAGGUAUCUUACCGUGCAUUUCUACCUUCUAAUAUAAUUAAUUGUGGGCAGUUUUUGCUAUUACUCAAAUAUCUCAUCUCUGAAUGAUCAGUUGUUUAUACAGGUAUGGGACCUGUUAUCCAGAAUGCUUCAGACUUCAGAUAUUUCUGUACUUUGGAUCUUCAUACCUUAA